CUCCAUCAAGUUCACCUCAAGCUGUAAAAGCUGUGGCAAUUUCAUCAAAGUCAAUAAAUGUCACUUGGCAGACUCCGUCCGAAGAAGCAAACAGUAUCGAUGGCUUUUAUGUUGGUUACAAAAUGCAAAGAAGUCCUGAGCCGUACACGUUUAAACCUGUAGAUUUUAGACAGGGAUUGCAUCAGCAUUUUGAGAUUGGAGACCUAAAUCGCUAUACAGAAUACAGUAUCGUUGUUCAGGCUUACAACAGUAGAGGAGCUGGUCCACCGUCUGAAGAGGCUACGGUUCGUACCUUGGAAUUCGAUCGUCCAAAUGCUCCUAUUAUGAGGACUUAUUUUGCCACUUCAAAAUCACUCAAACUAUCUUGGGAGCCCAGAAACCACCCGAAUGCUCCAGUCUCAGGGUAUAUUUUACAUCACAGAAUGGAAGGCAGUCAUUGGCAAGAAACUCAUCUCACAGGAGAUCGAGCGACCUACACUCUCCACGAUCUUCAGUGUGGGACAACGUAUUCUUUUUAUCUGGUAGCAGUCAAUAGCGCCGGCAGAGGAAAUGGCAGCGAAAUAAUUUCCGCUAAGACUGACGGCAGCCCUCCUAUAGCACCAGAUAAAAGGCUGCUCCUAUCUGUCAAUUCAUCUGCGGUCAACGUCAAUUUAAACAGCUGGCACAAUGGAGGCUGUCCAAUUUGCUUUUUUGUGAUCCAGUACAGACCAAGUGGACAGCAAGAAUGGACACUAGUCAGUAAUAAUGUCAUCCCGGAACAGCAGAAUAUUACGAUAACUGAUCUCAGCGCAGGGUUGUGGUAUUCCCUGUUAAUGACUGCCAGAAAUGACGCUGGUUCAACAGAUGCAGAAUACGUCUUUGCCACAUUAACUUUGUCUGGAGAAUAUCCUCCAAGACCAUCGAAAGUAAGUGAUAUGAGUGGUUCCUUCUACAGACACUUGACAAUCACUGUCCCUGUAGUCAGUUCCAUCAUUGUUCUCUUGGUCGUCUCUUGUGCUGUGUGCUUCAUCACUCGACGUCGUACUUCAGGCUCUACACAAAGGACUUCAUGUGCCGACACGGAUGGCAGAGAUCCCAUAAAAGCAGAAAAUGUCCCUCUGUCUGUUACAUACGAUGCUGGACAAGACCCUGCAUACCUUCCUGCUCCAUAUGCUACAAGCAGAGUAACAGGUUACAGCAGAGAACACUGUAUUCUUCCUGGAUCAGGGAAUGAGCAGAAUGUUGGAACAUUUGGCAGCACCCGAAGUGGUUACACGUACAAUGUGCCGCAUCCACCGAGACGAGUGGAAAAAAGUGACUGUAUCUAUGAAUCCCCUACAAUAUACUUUCCUGGCUACCGUCAUGCAG